AAUUAAAAUAUUAAAUAGUGUUUAGUGACUAAAUUGCCUGAUUAUAUUUCUCACCACAAUAGAACCUCACUAACAAAGUAAUAGAUACAUAUAUAUAUAGUUGUCAAUUGAAGCAAAAUAAUAUAAACAAAAAUUCAAACCAAAGUGUAUUGAACAGCUGUUCGCGACUUUAUCAAUUGCAGUAGCCUUCAUUUAAAACAAUGUGUUUUUUAUCAUAAAUAAAUUUUAUAUAGUGUAAGCACAACGCAAAAAUCACCAUCAUGUAUACAAGCAUGUCGGAGCACAACCGAUUGGUUAAUAAAUACCUUUUAGUAUUUUUUGUAGUAGCACUAUAUUGGACAGUAUCAAUAUGUACAGUGUUUAUGAAUAAAUUACUACUAAGCAGUGAUACUGUAAAUUUGGACGCGCCCUUAUUUGUUUGUUGGUUCCAAUGUGUUGUCACCGCUUGUUUAUGUGCGCUUCUGAGUGCUCUUGGCCGGCGUUAUCCAAAUAUCAUUACCUUCCCAGAAGGUAAUCCAUUUGAUGUGGAUAUAUUUCGCAAGAUCUUGCCGUUAUCCAUUUUAUUUACCUUAAUGGUCGCAACGAAUAAUUUGUGUCUUAAAUAUGUGGGAGUAGCUUUUUAUUAUGUUGGGCGAUCUUUAACAACUGUAUUUAAUGUCGUACUAACAUAUAUAGUGUUGCGACAGAAAACUAGCUUUAAGGCAACAAUGUGCUGCGUAUUUGUAGUUUUCGGUUUCCUAUUGGGAGUUGACCAGGAAAGUUUAACAGAACAAUUCUCUCUACGUGGCACAAUCUAUGGAGUAAUGGGGUCAUUUACACUGGCUUGGUAUUCGAUACAGACCAAGAAGGCAUUAGUUCAUGUUAAUCAGGAAGUUCUUCUACUAAGCUACUACAACAAUGUCUAUUCCAGUAUUUUUUUCUUACCAUUAAUCGUUAUUAAUGGUGAAACUAACGCAAUAUUUAACUAUGAGCACAUAUUUGCUCCUUGGUUCAUUAGUGCUAUGGUACUGGGCGGCUUAUGUGGUUUCGCAAUUGGAUUUGUUACAGUUUUGCAAAUUAAGGUAACGUCACCUUUGACGCACAACAUUUCUGGAACUGCAAAGGCCUGUGCUCAAACAGUUAUAGCAACACAAUGGUACAAUGAUGCAAAGUCAACAUUAUGGUGGGCGUCAAAUGUUAUUGUUUUGCUAGCUAGUGCCGCUUACACACGUGUAAAACAAUUGGAAAUGCAACGUCAACAUGAACGCAAUAGUGCAACACAAAAGGCUUAAGGCAAACGAUUUUCAGACAAAUAUUAUAAUUAUUUAGUGUAAACAUUACUACAACAUAAGUUUGUAUUGAAGAUAUUUGUCAUUUUUAUAAUAAGUUAUUAUGUUCUUUGACCAUUUCCUAAGCGAUGCUGAAAGCCGCUUUAAUAAACCAAAAAUUAAGACUUAGAA